GGCCAGGAAUCCCAUUAUCUCACGAGACGAAUAAAUACUAGUCUAGACGUUCACUUUGUCCUCGACUUCUAUAUCUGCAGUCCGGCCGACCUCUUCAACCAGAUACACUCUUACGUGAUAUUCAUACCAUCACUAUGGAUUGCAAUCCUUCUUCUCAUAGUACUCGCCGUACAUCGUCGUCAAACCCAAUCUCGUUGGAGAGUUCCUCUCCCCCUCGACGACCGCCUAUUGAAUCUCCGACUUUAUCACCUGAACCUCGUCACCGAAAACGCCGCCGUUUAACUAGUACAGGAACAGGCACAAGCACAUCCGCGGAACCCGAUGAAGAGCCCAUAGAAUCGAUCGAUCUCACGGAGGUCGAGGGUCCGUCGGCACUUUCUAAGGCGUUAGCAAAGCAACGGGAGGAUGCUGUUAAAGCCCAACACACUGCUGAAGAUGACAAAGGACGCUCUCUGUUAACUGCAUAUAAAUGUCCCGUGUGUAUGGACACUCCCGUCGACGCAACCAGCACGGUAUGCGGGCAUCUCUUUUGCCAUAAAUGCAUCAUCGACACCCUGAAAUUUAGCGAAGAGCAACGAGCAGAUUCUUCCGGAAAAGGACCCCGAGGUACAUGUCCUGUGUGCCGAAAACCCCUCACCCGCAUUGAUGCUCCGGGUACAAAACGAAACCUCGUUCCUUUACAACUCAAACUCGUUACAAAGAAGAGAAACACGAUUACAGUUGAUAGCGCAUAGCUUUUCGCAUAUGUCUUGGGCAUGGAGUUUGGGUGUUUGAGUCGGAACGGACGGUUUAUUAGCUUUGGAUACUGGGUCACAUACUGCAUAUUCACAGCAAGUUGAAUGCUUUUUUUUUUCUCUCUUUCUAUUGAUUUUCAGCGAGCAUAUAUUGGCCCUCGUGUACAUGAACCGUAU